UUGCCAUCUUAUGUCCAGACUCUGAUCAGAGGGUCUCUAAAUAAAAUAAAAGAAGUUUGAAAAAAAAAUGUAAUUCCUUCUCCAUAAGCUUAAGCUUUAUGGCCGCUUUAAGCCGGCAUUAGUUCCGCGAACGCUACUAAACAAUUGAAAUUCACGCGAAAAGUUGGAUCUUGAACCCCCCGAGGGCGCACCGCCGGGUAGCCAGAUCUUGAUUUCUCCGCGAAAUCUAUGACAUAGAUUUGCCGUGCCAUCACCAGCGUCAUGACAGUUUGCCACUGAUAUUGUUACUGCUUGUAUAAUAUAUCAAUAUGUUUUAUCAGUUUAUCUUACCCUUGAAUAACAUAAAGACUACAUAAUUGUUCUAUAAUGCCUCCUAAACGCCCAUCUGGAGUUGAGUUUCGGAAGAGAAAGCGGGAAAAAGAAAAUAGAAAAAUGUCAAAAGUUUUGAUUAGCUGGACAAAGGCCGAUCUGAAUGUAUCCGAAAAUUGUCCAAGCAACUCUCACAUGGGUAAUACAAAAACUGGCGAUAUAAGACAUGAAAAGAUAUUAAAUCAUAUAUAUUAAAAAAAGAAGCGAAAAGGCGAAAUCACAUGCAAAGAACAGGAGGUGGUCCUAGUAUAAAUAUAUCUUUUACCACUUUCGAAGAAGAAGUUUUAGAAUUCUUAACACCUGAGGCAGCUGGGCUGGAAGAUAUUCCUGAAGGUGAUAUCAAUUUAACAUUAAAUGAGAAUCAAGAAGCAGAAAAAAUAAAUGUGCAAACAAUUGAAGAGGAUAUAGGAGUAGAUAUGGAAAUAAAUGAAAAUGCAGAAAAUAUAUUACCAAACAUAUCUAUACCUGAGCCUGAACCUGAACAAAACUAUAGACAAAUACAACGAACCUCAGUUCUAAAUACACGUAACAUAAGAACAGGAACUUCAAUGCAUCAGCUAUCAAGUAAUAUGUUAGAAAUACAAAAAAAAGUACAAAUUAAAAAAAAGACAAUUAAAGCUUAUGAAGAAAACUUUAAACACACAACAAGAUAUAUUAAAAGAAUUAAAGGAAAUGAAAACAUCUAUGCAGUCGUUAAUGCCAGAAUAUCUACCCUGAUCUCAUCACAUAAGUAUAAGUUAGAAUAGAAUAAAUACUGUGAUUUUUUUGUUUUACAAUAUAGUGCAAUGUAGAAUAUUUUAGUUUAGUUUUUUGUGUGUAAAAGUUUU